UGCCCCAUCGUUGGUGUCAGUGGGAGGAAUAGUGCCCCCUCGUUGGUGGGGGGGGGGGGAAUAGUGCCCCAUCAUUGGUGUCCCCAGUGGGGGGGGGGAAUAGUGCCCCAUCUUGGUGUCAGUGGGGGGGGGAAUAGUGCCCCAUCGUUGGUGUCAGUGGGGGGGGGAGGAAUAGUGCCCCAUCGUUGGUGUCAGUGGGGGGAAAUAGUGCCCCAUCAUUGGUGUCAGUGCGGGGGGGGGAGAAAUAGUGCCCCA